CUUCAGUCUAUGGGCUCUCAGUCCAGUUCUGGGAUGUCUGGUGGAAGGGGGUCUUCCAGUGGCAACCCAGCAGACCAGUCUGACGCAGCAGAGGACCAGAGACCAGAGCAGCCAGCCGAGGCCAGCAGGACGGCGGACAGGCAACAGGGAGACCGGCAGUCCACAUCGGAGGAGGACGUUGACCUCGCUGAAGUGCUGGCGUACCUACUGAGGAGGGGCCAGGUCCGACUGGUCCACGGCAGCGGGGCCACGGGGCUCCAGCUGGUCCAGUCUUACUCCGACUCUGACGAGGACAGCGACGGAGCCUGGGAGGGACGACUGGGCGACCGCUACAACCCGCCAGUGGACGCCCAGCCCGACACACAUGAAGUGGACCGCAGUGAGAUCAGGACUCAGAUCCUGCUGGCCACCGGCUCGUCCACCCUGAAAGGCCGACACAGUUUCACGCACAUGCUAACAGAGAGAGAACAAGGCAGAUGUAGAGGCUCCAGUUUUUCUCACGGAGAAUGCAGUCGUAUUCGCACACAUUUCCUGCCAAACUAUGUAUCCCACAAGGAUACAUACCAGCAGAAAGCCUUCUGUGGAGUGUACAGCGAGGAUGGCAACAUGUUCCUCUCUGCUUGCCAAGACCAGAACAUCCGUCUGUACGACACCUCCAGGGGGCGCUUUCACCUCCGGCGGACGGUGAAGGCCCGCGACGUGGGCUGGAGCGUCCUGGACGUCUGCUUCACCCCCGACGCUCACCACGUGCUCUACUCCAGCUGGUCUGACUACAUUCAUUUGUGCAGUAUAGAUGGAGACAGUGAAAACCACACCGCCCUGGACCUCAACCCAGAUGAGAGGAGGUUUUGUGUGUUCUCACUGGCGGCGUCCACAGAUGGCAAGGAGAUCCUGGGAGGUGCAAACGACGGCUGCCUCUACGUGUUUGAUCUGGACCAGAACAAACGGACGCUGAAGAUUGAUGCCCACGAGGACGACGUGAAUGCGGUGGCGUUCGCCGACAGCUCGUCCCAGCUGCUCUUCUCUGGCAGCGACGACGCGCUGUGCAAGGUGUGGGACAGACGGACGCUGCGGGAGGACAGACCGCAGCCUGUCGGACAGCUGGCCGGACACCGAGACGGCAUCACCUUCAUCCACAGCAAGGGCGAUGCACGUUAUCUGAUCAGCAACUCAAAAGACCAGUCCAUCAAGCUGUGGGACGUCAGGAAGUUCUCUCCCAAAGAGGGUUUGGCAGCAUCGCGCCUGGCCGUCACCCAACAGAACUGGGAUUACCGCUGGCAGCAGGUUCCCCAGAGAGCCUUAAAGAGACAUAAGCUGACAGGCGACACGUCAGUGAUGACGUACCGUGGCCAUGGCGUCCUGCACACGCUCAUUCGCUGCCGCUUCUCACCGGAGUUCAGCACCGGACAGAGGUUCAUCUACUCCGGAUGCUCCACCGGCAAAAUCAUCAUUUAUGACGUGCUGACGGGCUCCGUGGUGACCAGACUGUCCGGACACGACGCCUGUGUGAGGGACGUCAGCUGGCAUCCCUACGAAGACAACAUCAUCAGCAGCUCUUGGGACGGAGCUGUGAGGAUGUGGGAGCACAGACAAACCCAUCCUCUGGAGGAGGAACGAGAAGGCGAACGAGGGACGAUUAAAACCCUGAUCCAGGAACAGAAGACGAGAGACUGCUGAAAAGACGUCCGAAGAAGUGACUUCGCCUCAGACGAGGGGGACGCCAGCCUCGACGGAAGGAGGCAACAAAUUCUCAAGGACUAAAACAGACUCCGAUAUCUUUUCAAUUCAAUGCUGGAUGUUAAUGAUUAAAAUAAUAGAGUGGCUGUGACGUAUACUUUGGGAUGGCGUAAUAGCCUGGGAUGACCUACGUAAAGUUUGUUUGUUAUUUUUUGCUUUUGCCUCACUGUCUUGCGCAAAAAAAAACAGGCCUUUUGGAAUUUGGCCUAAAACACUUGACGCUAAAAGUGCUAAAGCUCAAAAAAGGCAAAGCACCACACUCACUCAACAAUAAUAAUGAUAAUAAUAAUAAUGAGCUAAUGAGAUAUAAUGGUAAGAUAGAUACACACAAAUCAAUGUUGGAUAUAACAGGGAGAAACCCAUGAGGAGAAUAUGUAUAAAUGUAUAGUAUUUUCAUGAUAUGUGCAAUCACAGAGUGCAUUUAGAUAUUAGUCUGAGGCGCUGUUCAGACCUGGCGUUAGCAUCCAUCCUGAGAUAUCUGACCUCAAGUGGACGAUCGGAUCGGAGUUCUCCACUCGAAUAGAACACAUCCACAGCUAGAAAAGAGGUGAAGAUGAAGACGAGACAAAAAAAGACAUGCAAAUGAGACAAAAGUUACAUGGAGGAGGAAGAAAAAUAAAAACCAAACCAAAAAUUGAGGAAAAAAAGGUUAAAGAUGAAAAUUAGUCAGAUUGAGACAAAAUAGAUGAAAAUAAGAGAAAAAAAGAUUAAAAAUAGGAUAAAAAUGAGACAAAGGUGAGACUAAAAGUAGAUUAGAGACAAAAUAAUGAAAAAGAAACAAGUCAAAAGGGAUACAAAAUGAGACAAAGACAAAUAAGCCAAAAAGAAAGAAUAGUAUCAGAUAAAAUGGGAUUAAAAACAAGAAAAAGAUUAAUCAAAAAGAAAAGGAAAAUGUGAUGACAAUGAAGAAGACAAGAUAAAAAUUAGCCAAAUGUUACUUAAAACAAGGCAAAAAUUAGUGAGAUCGAGAUGAAAACGACCAAAAUUUGCUAAAAACAGGAUGAAAAUUAAGACAAAACAAAAACAAGAUGCAAAAUGAGUCAAAGACAAAAAUCUAAAUGAGGAAAACAAGGCAAAAGCCAGAUAAAGAUGAGAAAUGAGAUAAAAAUGAGGAAAAGAUGAGUCAAAAGGAUGAAGAAAAUUAGAUGAAAACGACAAAAAGUGAGCGUAAGCUGUAGCAUCAGUUAAAUUAUAAGUUUGUACAAAUAAAACUUUAGCUGAUGACACAAACCUGCAGUGCCUGAAAUUUAUUUUACCUCCUGUCUAGAUUUAUAAACAAUAAAAGAUCUGUGACAUAUAAACGGAUGUCAUCUGCAUAUAAGGAUCAUGAACAUUUACUUCAGUGUGGAUUGUUGGAGCAAAUUC